AUCUCCAUGUAGCAGCUUGCAUGGUGAUCUGUCACACUCCUAGGCUCAUUUGGGUCCUGCUUCCUUCACAAUCCUUAACAUGAUCUGCAUGCACUUACUGUGUUUUCUUUGUGUUAUUAUUGCAUGCUAAUGUGUUUGUGUCUGCAGAAAUAAGCUGCGGUCACCCCCCCACCCUCCCCCACACUCACCUGCUGUGGGACGGCAGCCAAUCGCUGGGCAGCGUUCGGCUGUACGGGUGCAAGGAGGGAUUUUACCAGGAGGGGGGGAAUAAUAUGUCCACAUGUUUACUGUCAGGAGAGUGGGGGGAAGUUUCUAUAAAGUGCAAAGCUAAGUGUGGCCCGGCUCCCGUCCUGGAUCACUCGGAGGUGGUUUGGCACAACCGGAGCGUCGUGGUGCACAGAUGUGAGGAGGGAUACCACAGCUGGAAAGGAAGCAACGUCUCUGAGUGUGAGUCCUCUGGAGAGUGGAGGAGCGCUACACUCACAUGCAUAGAAAUAAAGCCACCUAUAAAUCAUCUUCGUGUCCUCAAUGAGAAAUGUGUGCAGUGGAGAGCAGAGAAGUACGAGGAGGACACAGAAACAUACAAGGUGACGUACACAGGAUCCAGAGACUACCAGAGGUCCUUUCAAGAUAAGAGGAAGCGUUUUCUGAGCUCGAAAGCCGACGAGCUGCAGCUCUGUUUAAAUCUACUUCCUGUCACAAACUACAGCAUCUCCAUCACUGCAGCCUCCUCCAGGUUCACCGCCUCCAUCACCACCAACACCAGCCUAACAGUGCCUCCAGCUCUAGCCGUGGACUACAAAGAGUUUGAGACUCCUGUACCGACUCUGAAGCUCCGCAGAUCUCCAAACACACUCGACCCAAUCAGGUAACAACCAGUACACACAUCCUUUACUUCAGUAAAAGUACCAAUACGUUACUGUAAAAAUACUACAUUAUACAGUAAGUAAAGGUGCUACAUUCAAAAUAUCACUAAAAGUAUUAUCUUU